AUGGAACGAGACUACUUCGCUCACUUGUUACCCGACAAUCAGGAGAUUUCUUUCUCUUUUAAACCAAGUGCCGGUGUAAAUGUAUUGCAACUUCUAAUUACCAGUUGUUGUUGGAAAGAUUACACUAAACGAAUUGAUGCUCAAACAGCUUUGGAAAUGGCAAAGGAGGUGUUGAAAGAAUGUCACAAUCACGAAGUAGCUCCAUUCUACAAAAAGGAUCAACCAUAUUUGAUUGAACCGAUUGGAAUCGAUGGCUCGACUAAGCAAAUCCCCGUGAAUUUCGAGGAAAAGUUGAAGAAAAAGCUCUUCAAUGUCGAUUCAAUUUCUCAAGCGGACAACACUUUUUUCAUUGUCCCUGAUGUGAGUUCGUUCACAAAGCUGAACUCAAAGCAACAAGUUGUCGAUGAAAAACCCAGAGCGCCAGCUGCAGAGCUGAUUUCCAAAGGAAACCAAAAUGUACUAAAGGCAAUUUUGGCUAAAGUUCAAUCGGAAACUUACUUUCAUCCAUCAAUUAUGAACGAUUAUUUAUCCUGGCGGAUUUACUCGGAUCGCUAUUGGUUUACCACUGAAAAGAUCACCGAUUCGUUGUUAAAAAUUUGGAUUCCUGACUUUAUUAUCGACUUUGAAAGGGUUUAUUAUAACGAUGUAAACGAAAUUCGCAAAACAUUAUGUGAAUCUUUCAAAAAUGAAUUUAAUCUGCUAAAUGAUCAAGAGAAAAAGGAGUUUGCUGAGCAUGUUCAAGCAAGCUAUUUACAAGAUCAAAAAUUCACCCCAUUUUCCCUUGAUGACACUAGUUAUUCGUUAAAUAUUUGUCAAAAAUUUGCCUCUUUAAUCAACUUUGACUCAACGAUUCAAAGUUUUGCCUUUCAGCAAGCAUUUUAUGUGUUGAUUGAGUGUCAAACGGAUCUAUUGGCAACUUUUGAUUUACUCAAAUUGAUCAAGAUCGCUAUCGAGAAUAUCGAGCAACUUGAGAAGAUUUUCGCAAAAAGAUUCUACUUUUCAACGUAUUACUUGAUUGGCUCGAGGAAUGAGUGGUGUUUAUCGGAUAUAAUGGAUGUUAGUGGGGAAAGAUUGUACUUUAAAAAUAAUCUCACGGAUUUUCGAAGAACUCGAGAAGGAAGAGAAGGACCGGUGGACAUUGAGACGAAAGAAAAGUCACCAAUAGACAUCGAAGCACUGAGGAGAGCCUUGUAUGAACAGAAAAAUGUCUUAGAAAGAUAUGUGAUAGCUAAGAAAAAACAUUUCCCGUGGCAUCUCGAUCAACGAGUGAGAGAUCUUUGCAAAGAAGAUGUGGAACCUGGACGAGAAGUGUAUAAACAGUUUCGACUCAAAAUCUCACUUACAAAAGAUUUACCAUUUCCCGACUAUUUCUUUGCCUUUCAUUUCUGGCCUGGGCUAAUCAAUGAUCAAACUGGAGAGAUUUUCAAGAAGAUUGGUGGCUUUCCCAGCGAUUUAGACAGUGAUUUUCAAGUUCCAUACGCUCAACAUCACAAUGAGAGACAAAAAGAGUUCAUCGAAAUGUACACUCGAUAUAUGAAAAUGUUCUUUUUAUUGAAUCGAUGGAAAAAACAAGACAUUGCACCUGAGAUUAUUUAUUUGUUAGAAGAUUUAGUCAAUGAUACAAAUGAUGGCUUUAAAGAUUUCAAGUUUGUUUGCUUAUAUCUAGCAAAUGAAGAGUAUGAAGGCUUAUUUCUUGAAAGACUUCAGCAUGAAACCAUCAUUUUCACAAGGGAAUUUCAAAUGCACAAGACUGAUUUGAUUGGAAAAGAUCAUUUGAGAAUUCUGGGCUUUGUGGAGAUAAAGUUUUUUGAUUUGAUUGAUGUGGCGAAAGAGAUGAUUGAAAGCUUCAGAUUACUUUAUCGAGCCAAGAUUUCCAGCAAUAGAGAAAGCCCUGAAAAACAAUUAAAAUAUCUUGAAGAUUGUGUCAAGAAAUUUUGGAAUAAGCAAAGAUUGGUUCUACACAACUCAAGGAAUGAUUAUGGGAAGUUGCCUCUUGAGAAGUGUCAGGUCAAAUCCCUUGAAAAAAUUGCACGAAAUGGGAAAUCAACGGACGAGAUUGAGAUUCUGCCACUCUUGAAAAAUGUAGCUGAUGUUAUUUCGAAUGUUUUUGGUGGAUCAAAGACUUCAAGUGACUCAAAAGCAACGAACUUUACAGAAAACAGAGAUCUUGAUCUCGAC